CCUGUUGAGGGGGCAAAACGCAAAAAAGUAAAACCUGGGUUUCCGCCCUCCUCGUGACCGUAGCGCCAAGGCCCUAAAACCCUCCUUUCUCUGGAGCCCCGAACCUUCUCGAACCUUCGUCCCCUUUCCCCUCUCCCAUCCCCAUGGCGGACAACGCCGCCGCCGCCGCCGACAGCGCGGCGCGGACGAGGUACGCGAGGGGCCAGCUCGAGGCGCUGAGGGCCGCCCCGUCGGAGGAGGCGCAGGCGCGGCUAUGGGCCGAGGUGUCCGCCGCCCUCGCCGCCGCCGGCUUCUCCGGCGAGUACGACGGGCUGAUGGACGCAGAGGAUCCGUCGAUUAGGAAGCCGGGGAGGAAGGGGAAGAAGGCCGCCGGGGGCGGGUGGAAGAGGCACGACGCGGCGGCGGCGACCCAAUUCCUGGAAACGGAUGAGGUUGGUGCCUGGAGGAAUGGGGAUUCAGGGGUCCGCUACGAGCAUUACGUGGAUGAGCCUCGUUCCGUGCUUCAAGUGAUUGAGGAGCCAUUUGUUCAGGGUGGAAAUGCGGAGUACGAAGAUGCUGACAGCGAUGAUGAUUAUGAUGGAAUUUUGAAGCCCGCCUUCGCAGUUGAUGGGGAUCCCGAUUUCGAGUCGGGUGAGCCGCUCGAUGGCUUUGAGUACCUUCGGCGUGUCAGGUGGGAAGCUAACCAAAUUCCCAGAGUGAAGGUGGCGAAGAUAGAUUUGAAUACGGCUAGAAAUGAACAGACGCCUUACAUGCCAGAAAUUCCUGAUAUAGCAAAGUGUUCUCCUGAUUUGUGUGCAUCAAAGCCCUGGGAAGAUACAUUUAUUACUUAUUUCUCUGAGACAAGACUGGCAUUUUCAGAGCUUGACAGCUCAGAUGGACCAUCGGUUUCUGGUGGAACAAAAAACUUGUUGAAACCAAGCAACAGAUCUGAGCCACAGACUGACCCAACACUGACCAUGAUUCGCAACAUGGAUGCUGUCUCAAGAGCUGCAACACUACGGAACUACAUCGAUAUGAUUCAAAGCUUGGAUAAGCUAUCAAGGAAUGACUGCCUGUGGCUGUUUUCACUGUGUGUCGCCGUGGACACUCCCUUGGACGCCGAGACAUGUGCUUCGCUGAGGUCGCUGCUGCGCAAGUGCGCAAAUGUCCUUGCCGCCAAGUUGGAGAUGGAUGAUGAAGUCGCUAUGCUGAACAUACUGAUCACAAUCUCUGGACGGUUCUUUGGACAGUAUGAUAAUCAUUAGGAUAGCAAAGGUACCCCAUCUUGUGAUAUCUCCCUUUUGUUAGUAUGCCUAGACGAAGUUUUGUCUCCUUACUCCUUAGACUGCCUAUAUAGUGAUGGAAUGUGCACAAUCAGUUCUCUGAAAUUCUGGAUGCCUUCAUCACUAUAAUGGCUAAUAUAGCGAGGCACCUUGAGAUGGGCGUCGUAAGUUCAAAGUUCACGCCUACGGUAUGGUUUUCGAAACCUAACAUUAUCUUCUGUAGUGACUAUGAAUUUUGAAAUUAAACAACUGACUUCCUGCUA